AUGGCUCAUGUGAAACUGAAGGCAUAUUAUGUGGUGUUUACUGAAAGAAAACAGAAACAGCAUGCAGAAGUAUGCAGUGCCAUUCAUCAACAGAUUAAAAAAUCAACAGGUGAUUCUAUUUCACAUGAUCUAGUGGACCAAAUGGAGUCCAAAGGCUGGGCACCCAUCCACCAAGCUGCUUUCAGGAAUUAUGCCAAACAGGUGCAGAGAAUCGUGGAGACAACUGGAGCUGACCAGCUCGAAACUGUAACACAGGAUGGCCUAAGAAACACCCCACUACUGCUUGCCGUUUUAAGACAUAGUAAGCAGGCCAUAGAUGUUCUAGUAGGCCUGGGUGCUGAUGUCUCUGCACUUAAUGCACACAAUUAUGGUGUGGUGGAAAUUUGUGCUUCUCAAGGAUAUACAGACCUCUUGGAGCAUUUCAUUAGUUUGAAAACCACAAGCUUGGAUGUGUAUGGAAGGUUAAUUAAGUUAUUCAUCUCAGAAGAUGACAAAGAGACUCUGUGUGCUGGCAGAGCCAUUCUGACUUUGGGUAGCAGUCAAGAAGGCCAAGAAAUGCACACACCUUCUUUAAUUAAAGGUGGCUUGGUUAUGGUAGCCAUUAACCAGAUGAAGAAGACACACUGCAAAGAGGAGGUCAAGGAACAGGCUUUAAACAUCCUGAUGAAUGUCUUAGAAGACCCCAGUGUUAAGGAGCAGAUCUAUAAGGGUGAUGGACUCACUGUCCUCAUCUCUUUACUUCACACAGAAUCACCAACACUAUGCCAGGGGGCACUUUUAAUGACUGAAGCAAUGGUUUCACAUGAAAAAUAUGCAAGCGCCUUUUUACAAUGUAAUGGAUUGCCUGUACUAUUGAAGGUGAUACGGCAAGCAAAAGAAAGUGACAGGGAAGGACAUGAUGACAAUGUUUUGAUCACGUCUCUCAACAGCCUAGGAGCCAUAGCCAGGGCCAGUGACAGCUGUCGUGAGGCAGUGAGUAAAGAAAAUGAACUUUUCCCUCUACUCGUGCAGCUGCUUCAGGAAACAAAUUCAAAGCGUCAUCUGGUUGUCUUGUGUAAAGCAGUGUCCAGUGUGGUCAUGUGUCAUCAUGGUAACCAAACAGCGUUUAUCGAGAAGAACGGAGUCACUCCUCUCAUUUCUCUGGUGAAAGUGAAGAAUAGAGAGGUGCAGCUGAGUGCCAUCAAUGCCCUUAACAGACCAAUAACAAAAGAUGCCAAUUUAUCCUGCCUUCUGUUCACAUAA